GAAUAAGAUGACUUGGUAAAACUUGAUUAGUAUAUAUAAAGUUUCAAGACAAACUUCAGAUAUAACCAAAAUCAAACACAAUCUGCUUCUCAAUUUUCCAAACAGAAGGCACAUACACAUCUCAAAACAAAGAUGAGAAAAUUAGUACUAGUACCACUGAUCUUGCUUGUUCUUGCUGGUUUUCCAUCCAAGGCAAAAGGGUUUAUGCAACCGUUUACAGAUCGUCCUGAUGCACUCUUGGCUGACAUAUUGUCUGAUCGUUUACUUGAUCCAUUUCGUGCGUUAGAGCAAAUCCCAUUUGGGGUUGGCAAAGAUCAGGCUUCCAUGGCUGUGUCACCUGCAAGAGUAGAUUGGAAGGAGACACCACAGGGACAUGUUAUAAUGAUAGAUGUGCCAGGGUUGAAGAAAGAUGACAUAAAGAUAGAAGUGGAGGGGGAUGCAGAGCUGAAAGUGAGUGGAGAAAGGAAGAAGGAGGAGGAGAAGGAAGGGGAUCACUGGCAUAGAAUGGAGAGAUCUUACGGCAAAUUCUGGAGGCAGUUCAAGUUACCAGAGAAUGUAGAUUUUGAUUCUCUCAGGGCUAGGUUAGAGAAUGGAGUGCUUACUCUCACCAUGGCCAAGUUGUCACCUGAAAAGACCAAAGCUUCAAGGGUGGUUAACAUUGGAGGGGAUGAUGAACGCAAGCAAGAUAUUUGAAUUAUUAAUAAAUGAUAAUAACUAUACUCCAGUGGACUUUUUGUGUGCCAAUUAAUGAUCAAUAAAAAGGGGUAUGUACUCUGGGCAAGGAUUUUGUGGAUAAAAGAGUUCCGCAAAGAUCUUUGGUUGUUAUCAUGUAACACUGGUCUUGUCUGAUUAGCUGGUUGAUUUUAUUUUGUGGUCUAACUCAAAUUUUAGCCUUUGAUUAUUAAAUAAAGUAGUAAGGGAAUAACACAAUCAUGGAGCACAUUAAUAAAAGAAAACACGUAACAAAGUACUAUGGGCUCCGUUAGUGGGGAAUGUUAUCCAUUUAUUAAAGCUUUUAAAAUCUUCGCUUCCAUCAAGACAAUGUGAGACAUACUUAAAACAGAUAUGACACAGAUUAUGUCAUUACAUGGUGUGCAAAAUAAAUAUUCUAGCAUUCAAUAGCAUUUACACGGUGUAAACUGCAAACCUUUGGUUGUAUAAUGUGGCUGAAGAAUUUUGUCAUGUUUGCAUGAGAAUCAGAUAUACUAAAGCAUCCUUCAAUUACAUCUUUCAGAGAAACGAA